GCGACCUACGUCGUUGGGGCUUCGGGGGUACGUGCGCUCCUCAUCCUCCUCCUCCUCGUCCUCCUCCUCCUCCUCCUCCUCCUCCUCCUCCUCCUCCCAAGCCGACCAUUUGAUCGACGCCGUGAGGUCCGCCACACGCCUCCCAACGAGGAGGCGUCAGCGGCAUCAUCUGUGCCGAGCCUCCCUCGACUACAUCGUGGAGCGGGCGCGGUCAGCAGCCGCCCCUGCGUUCUGCGAGCGCGCAGCCUCGACAGGGGCGCGGUGAGGUCGGCCUGGGCGGCGUACGCCGUGAGCGCGGCGGAGCGCCGCAAGGACGACACCUUCCACGGCGGCACCGUCGACCUCGGGAAGGGCAAAGGCGGCGCGAUCGUGGCUUUCGCGCAGAACCAGGGCAGGCGCUAUUUCAGCGUGGAGCUGAGCAUCGAGAGCGAUGGCCUGUUGUACUCGCGCCUCCAGGGCGUCACCAAAGACACGCUGGCUCCAGGUGGCAGGGCGCUGGAUGGCAAGAACAGCAGUGGAACGCGGAGCCAGCAGGCGAGGGCUCAAAAAGUCAUUGACUCCGUGGCAGCCUGCGCGCUGGACGAGGCGACCUCCCACCCAAAGUGGCAGGCGCCCCCAGCUGACCGCGCAGGCAUCCAGAAGUUCCUGAGCAGUGCGGACCAGAGGCUGAGGAAACUCGGCGACCUGGUCGUCGCCAAGCAGGCCGCGGGCGACAGCGCGAAGGAGCAGCUGAUGGAAAUCUCGGUCAUCAAAUACCAGAAGCUAGUCACGAGGAGGCCGAAUGACCAGCUGCAGGUGCUCAGCAAGAGGCGCAAGGCCGUCAAACUUGAAGUCAUCGCCCUCGAGGCCAAGACGAACGAGCUGCGGGACGACCUCAAGGCCAAGCAGCAGGAGUUGAGGCAGCUCGAGUCCAACAUCGCCGACGUGCGGGCCGUGCUCGCCGACGGCGGCGCGGCGGACGACGAGGGCGACUGGGACACGGACGGGUUCGGCUUGGCACCGAGCUGGGAUGCCUUCCACAAGGCCGUUAUCGACAGGCGCCUGCGCAGCGAAGCACCUGGUGACGGAUUCCCAGCUUGGCCAGCGGGAGCGGUGGGGCGAUCGCCACGCUCAAGAGCCAGCUCGGCAGGCAGCGCAACCAGAGGCUUCGCCGAUCAGGUGGCCAUGGCGAAUGCGGAGCGGGCCCACCAGCAGCAGCGCCAUGCCGAAGCCGAGCAAGAGUUGGCUGCCGAGCUGGCGGAAGUCAGGAGGGUCGCCCGAGAACAAGCACUCCGCCACAACGGCGAGCAGGCGAAACUCAGGCUGGCACUCAAGGAGGAGUCAGAGCAGCUGCAGCGCAUCACCGCAGCGGAGAGCGCAGCCCAGCAGCAGCAGCAGCAGCAACACAAGGCCCUCCGCCAUGAUAUCAAGAAGCAACAAGCCGAGCAGCUCGAGUUCGCGACGCAGAUGGAGGCCAGGAUAAUCAGCCAUGACACUGCCUUCAGUCAAGCCAAGGCAGAGGCCGAAGCUGCGACCCAGCGGGCAAAUCAACUGCAUGAGCAGCUUGAGCAAGUUCGAGCGGAGCACCGGGAGAAGCCGCAACCCCAGGACAGGGUCUACCAAGACCUGCUGCGGGCAAGAGCCGAGACGCAAGAGGCAUUGCGAAGGGCCCAGCACGAGGGCGCCCAAGCGACAGCUACAGCGGGCACUCUCAAGCAGCAGCUCACCAGGCAGGAGCUGGUCAUGGAAGAGAAGUUCCAGGAGGCCAAAAAGAACCACGCCCUCGAGCUUGAAGCUGCCGCCGAAUCAGCCAGGGUCCAGGCAAUCGCCCAGGCCCAAGUGGUUGCCAAUGCCAAGGGAAAAGGGGCCCUCCCGCCGGCAGAAGCGGCCAGGCUGCAAGGGAUCGUCCAGACAGCAGCACGGCAGCAGGAGCGGCUCAAGCAGACCAAAAGCGAGCUCGAGGCAGCUGAAGCCCGCAUACACGAGCUCCAGCAGUACUCCAAGCUUGAGGCGGGCGCUGCGCAGCGUGCAGUACAAGUGGCAUACCAUGAAGCAGCGGAGCUGAGAAGCGCCAACGAGGAGCGGCAAAUCCCGCACGAGGUGCAGGCAUUGCAGUUCGCCCUGCUAAGGACUAGAGCAGAGGAGGAGGAGAUCGCGAAGGCCAGCCUGAAGGACAAGGAACUGAGCAGCUACGCGGUGCAGCUGAGCGAGCAAAGGUCCAACGCAGAGGUGCAGGGGCAGGCGCUGGAGGAGGAGCUCGCCCAAGCCCUCACCUUCAGGAUCGCCAGCAUGGAGGAGGCCUCCGCCAUGGAAGACUUCGUCAGCCAGCAGAGGACGGGCAGGGAGGAGGCCAUUCACCUCGCGCUGCAAGAAAGCCUCCAGCGCUCCAGCACGCUGCACACCGAGCUAGACGCCAUCGCUAAGAAGGAGCAGCAGGGCGCGUCGGAGACAGAGGAGCUAAAGCUGAGAAUGCAGAGCCUGGAAGCCAUUGCAGCCAGCAGGGAACGUGAACGCAAGGCCAUGGUCAACCUGUGCGCCGAGAUGAGGCAAUACGGGCAGGAGGGCUACGACUUCACCAAGAGGGCAGCUCAUCACCUCGUCCAAGGGGGCCACCUCCCAACGUCCCAAGAGUCCAUGGACGACUACCAGGAGGCCGCUGACCUGUACGAGAAAGACAGAGGAGCAGCCGAGGCAGCGACCGCCACAGCGGAGCCCCCCGUUGCGACCAAUCUCCAAACUGGUGCAGCCGAGGAGCGCCCAGCCAACAGGGGCCGCAGGCAGAGCAGCUCCUCGCCUCGGAGGCCAGCAUCAACCAGGUCAGCCAGGUCAGCAGCCCGCCAGACCGACGAAGGCGAUGCCCCCCUCAUAGAGCGUGACAGGUCCAGGAGCCCCGACAGGCCAGACCCGCACGAGGAGGCAGAAAGAUACGAGCGCGAACAAGAUGAGUUGCGCAGACAAGAUGCUGAGGAGAAAGCACAAUGGGAAGCCGUACAGAUGGAGGAGGAGCUGGAGUCCGUAGUGAGGGACCACGAGGCGAAGGAGAUCCAAAGGCGCUACUACGAGGAGGCCCCCUUGACCCAGUUCGGCACAGCGGGCGCGCAGGACUCUCGAGCGGAGGACGACGGCUCGGAGCAUGCGCCGAUGAUCUACCCCGCCAGGUCACUCACGCCCACAGUUCCAUUCGGGCAUGAUGAGCAGCGCGGCCAUGGAGGUGGAGAGGGAGCCGACAGCUUCGUAUUGACCCCCCCCCCUGCGUCCCAGCAGAACGCGGAGGCGGCAGCGGCCAGCAUCGAGAGGCAGUACGAGGGCAUCGACAUCAUGACGCGCCAGCGCACCUCAGCCGCCGCCGCAGCUGCAGCCCUCGAAGAGGCGUUUGGACCCGCGCCCGCAUUCCCAGGAGAAGACAUCAGCCAGGCCCACAAGGGUCAGCGGGUAGACUCUGGAGAGUACUCCCAGGAGUCCAGGGUCCCGAGGGGCCACGACUCCAAGCAGAUGUGCUACCGCAACGGGCAUUGGCAGUGGGAGGGCCACUCCCAAUCGCAGCAGCCAGCAUCAACAGCGGUAUCAGUCACCUGGAUCUCGAGGGGCCAACGUGACACCACCACGGCCGACACGAGGGCCGCCCGCCGCGUCUCGAGGGGCGCUAGGAGUGGAGGCAAGCGCGCGCAGCCGCAGCCUUCCGAUCAGCCCAGCGGAGUGCACGCCGCGCACGGCGCGCUGCGGAGAGCCACAGGCAUGGGGCUGGCGCCAGGCGACGACAUCGAGUACUCCCCCGAGUACGUCAAUGCAGAGAGGGCCAGGCGUGGCCGCGUCAACGUCUGCGACGACGUCGACACUACGACCCUGCACAGCAUGGCAAGGGUGGCGCUGGAGAUGUGCCCAUCGCGCGAGCUGCCGACCAGACGGACACACAUCUACACGGACGGCAGCUACAACGGCAUCCCACAUACAGCCGCCUGGGCAGUUGUCAUUGUCGACGAGUACGACGACGGGCGCAACUUACGAGGCCCGUUCGGCUUUCGGGGUUUCAUUGCUGGCAAGGUCACCGAGACUUUAGACGACAUGGCAAACAACGAGAAGGUGACGGCAUACACAGCCGAGCUCACGGCAGUACUUUGGGCACUGAUGUGGGCCCUUGGUCAAGACACCGACGCGCCCAUCGAGAUCACGCCUGACGCCCUCAACGUUAUCAACCUGGCCAAAGGCGAAGCCCAAUGCCACGUGCAUCCGAGGUUGGGGGCCGCCAUUCGCACGCUUGCAGGCCUCCUCCAACAAGCCCGACCUACCCAGUGGCACCAUAUUAACUCGCACAUCGGGCACCCUUGGAACGAGCUCGCAGAUGGGAUAGCAGAUCAAGCUUCGGCCAGCGACCUGAUGGACCCGAACAUUGCAGCAGUGCAGGCGAUCGCUCACAACAAGUUCCUUUCCUGGGAAUGGCUGCGAUCAGAGCCAGAUGCGGUCAAGGCCGCAUACCCGCCCUUGCGGAACAAAGACUUCAUCAUCGAGGCCACCCAGCCGCAGGCAGCCCCAGGAGCGAUCCAGAGGCCCAUCAGCACCACCACCAUCAAGGCUGACCUCAACGUGAAUUUGUGCACCUACAACUGCAGAUCACUCAAGGCCGCCGUCAGCUUCAAGUCGGGCAUAGGCAAGGCGGCCGGCAAAAGCAAGCAGAGCCUCUCCAAGGUCACGCACCUAGCAGCACUGUUUGCUGACAUGGGCCUGCACGUCGUCGCCCUGCAGGAGACGCAGAGCGAAGGAGACGUCCGCAAUGUAGGUGAAUAUGUUUGCUACUCAUCAGGCCACACGCAGCAGAACAGAGGAUGCGACAUCUGGCUCAACGUCUCCCAACCAAUCAGCGCGAGUGGGGCAGCGAAGUACCUAAGUGCCAAAGACACCCUCGUCCUCCACCAGCACGACAGGCUCUUGAUCAUCAAGACCCGCGUUGCAGGCACAGACAUGGUUAUCGCAUCAGCAUACGCACCCCACGAAGACUCCCACGCGGCGGAGAAGAGAGAAUUCUGGGAGUCUGCUCAGCGAUUGUCUGACAAGUACCGAGUGGACAUCUUCAUGGGGGACCUGAACGGGCGUCUUGGCGACUACGAGUCCCCAGGAGUUGGCACCAGUGGGUACCCAGAAGCGACCAACGGCAAUGGCAAGCACAUCAUCAGCUUCGCUGCCGACACCAACAUGGAGGUCAUCAACACCACGAGGGAUCCAGGCAACAACUCAUAUACGCACGUCGGAUCGAAGGGGCAGCACCACAGGAUAGACUACAUCCUGCUGAGCUCCUCGAUCGCCCCGUACGUUGCGAGCUGCAGCACCGAGCCAGGUCUGGACCGAGGCACAGCUGCACAAUACCACAUACCAGUACUAGCCACCCUCAAGUGGGCCGUCUGCAAGACCACCAAGGCCUCAGGACCGAGGCCCGACCUGACCAACUUGAACAAUGACGUCGCCAAGGCCAGCUUCAAGGAGAUUCUCAAGCAGGCCCCGAUCAUCCCCUGGGAGGUGGACGUCAACACCCACUGCGAGGAGGUCACCAGGGUCGUCAACGACGCGGCCAUCCAGGCCUUCGGCAAGGCCGCCAAGGCAACGAGGAAGCCCUACGUCACCAAGACUACCAUGGGCCUGAUCCGAGCCAGGCGCCUCACACUCCGAGUCCACCGCGCAGUGCUCAGAGGAGAAGCCCAUGACGACCGACCUGGGCGACUAGUAGCCCACGCCCAUUCUCUUCGUGCAGGCGAAGUAGGGGACUCACUCUCCCUGUGGAGCAGAGAGCGUGGCGAUGACGAUGGCACCAUCCACGACAUCCACCACUACGCGCACCUCCUCCUGAACUGGACAAUCUCGCCCAUGGUCUACGCCAUGGCCAUCCUUUCCUUCCUCACCAGGUCUGGGCCCAUCGUUGCCGCGGCCGUCGAGAAGGACCGCAGCGCAUUCCUCAGUCGGCUUGCCUCGACAGCUUCCUCCGCCUCCGCUGCGAACGACGCUGCGGUCCAGUGGAAGGCUUACCGAGACCUACUAAGGUAUGGAGGGAGGAAGGCGAAAUUCCCAGCAGGAAAGCCUAUGCGGCUCGACAAGGAUGGAGAGGUGAUCCACAACUCCCAGGACAUGGCGGACCAGGAGCUAAACGAUUUCGCGAAGAUACAGGCGGGCAAGAUCGUGACAGCGGAUGAUCUUGCCAACAAGUACAAUCACGACAGCAAGAUCAGGCCCUUCGACGGCAUGCUGGAUCUCUCCAUGGUGAUGCCCCUGGCCGUCUGCCAGGCCCAGUUCGCCGCGGCCAAGGCUGGGACGCAAGGAGGCCCCGACGGGCUCACGAACGCUGUCCUCAGGGCGGCCCCCACAGAGGCAGCGAGGCUACUGCGCCCCCUCUUCACCAAGGUGGCGACCACCGUGCGGGAGCCGCUGAGCUUCAAGGGUGGAGACCUGGUCGCAAUUCCCAAAGGAAAAGGCGACCCAAGGUACCUCCAAGCCUACCGCGAGAUCCUCUUAAACAACGUCCUGGGCAAGCACCACCACAAAUACCUAAGGACCAUGCUCAACACUACCCUCGCCAUAGCGCUGGAGGACAUCCAGGUUGGCGGCCGGCCCAAGCGAGGGGCGGACAUGGCGGUCCUAGCAGCACGCCUCUUCACAGAGAGAAGUCAGGCCCAAGGGAGGUGCUCCAUGAUAAGCUGCUACGACUUAAAGGAGGCCUUCUACUCGGUUGUAGUCCAGCUGGUUCAUGGCAUCCCAGGCGAGGAGGACGAAGUCAAGGAGGUGCUAGAGAACCUCGAGGUUCCCCUGUGGGCCCAGCCGCAGCUGGAGCACCUCAUGGCCAACCCAGGGAUACUCGACGCAGUGUUGGACGGCUCCCACCUGGCUGCCCUCAUUGCAGAAGGUUACCGCAACAGGUGGACAUCACACAGGUUCUCCCAGAACCUCAUGGCGCCGCACAAGGGCACGAGGCCUGGCGCGCCCCUGGCCGACGCGGACUUCAAUCUGCUAUUCGGCCGAGUCCACCGCAUGAUUGACAGCUACCUUGCGCAGCGAGGGCUACGCGAGCCCUGGCCCACCGUGCUCCAAGGCCUGGGCACUGCCGCCCAGGACAGGCGCCCGCGCGUCGGCCGCGUGCGCGGCUAG